AUGGGCCUUUUGGUCGGUAAGUAGUCAACUCGAGUAGGAGGAACAUCCUUUGGCUUCUUUGAUUUCUAAUCUAGACAUUUUUUGCAUUGAUUGGAACACUUCCAUCCUUGGUUUGCUGUCGUUGUGUCACGAUUCGAAACACCAGACCCGACAUGGCGCCCUGGAUUUUCACUGAUAGAAUUUCAAGUAACCAAACUAUUCGUGUUUUCAACCAUGGAAAAUCGCAGCGUGACUUUACCUACGUCGGGGACAUAGUACAAGGGAUUAUUCACGCCCUAUUUGUGAAUACAGGACAGCCAGAGCUUGUGAAUUUGGGGAACGGCAGCCCCGUCGUUCUUGCAGAUUUCGUACGGAUAGUCGAAGAGCACGUGGGACGCAAGGCUCAGAUCGAUUCUGUGGGCAUGCAAAAGGGAGAUGUUCCCAAGACGUAUGCGGACAUUACAAAAGCAAGGUACCUACUGGGUUACAAUCCAACAACGACGGUCGAAGACGGAAUCGCAUCCUUUGUAGAAUGGUUUCGGGACUACGAUGCAUCUAAAUACAAGAUGAUAUCGUAAUUACAAAAUCAUUGCUUUGCCCGAUCAAAACGCUACGAACAAAAAGCUUUGCCGCCGGUCAAGAAUGUCGAAUAAUCAGCCAAAGAACAC